AUGGGAAAUCAUGCCCCGCCAAUUCCUGAACUCCUUCCAACCUACUUUGUCAUCGCAACAGAAACUCAUGCCACCAAAAGCUGGUACAGCUGCAGACUUGGCUCGAGCGUCGCUUAUUUUGCUGCUCGAACAAACUGCCCAACUGCCGCUCUCAGCAGCUCGGCAUAUUUAGGCGAUACAGCUUGCUGGGCUGAAACGUUUUUGAGCCCUCACGCCUCCAAGCUUCCUUCUACGACAUGGCAUCGCCUCAACUCGGGUUGA